UGUUAAUUAGCCUCGUCAUCUUCACCACCACCCCAUAUAAUUCUUCCCUAGUUGCUUAAUUUCUUAUAUUAUUUGUUCCUCCUCGAAAACAUUAUAAAAAGCUCCUUAAUUUUCUUCACCACCAACCAAAGCUUUUCUUUCUUUAGUUUCCUGCUGCUAGUUCAUCAUCUUCUUCUCCGCCGAGCCACACCCAUGUCUAAACUUAUGGUUUUAAGCCUUAUACUCUCUGCUCUUUUAGUCUUCAACAUCAUUUAUCUCUCUGCAGCUGAGCUUCAGCUAUUUCAACACGCAGCCAAAGCUGAUGGGUCUCUUAGCCUCUUGGUUCUUGGAGACUGGGGAAGAAAAGGAGCUUAUAACCAAUCUCAAGUUGCUCUUCAGAUGGGGAUAAUUGGAGAGAAAUUGGAUAUCGAUUUUAUAAUCUCCACAGGAGAUAAUUUUUAUGAUGAUGGAUUAACGGGUGUAGAUGAUCCUGCAUUUUAUGAAUCUUUCACCAAAAUCUACACAGCACCCAGCUUGCAGAAGCAAUGGUAUUGUGUUUUGGGUAACCAUGACUAUAGGGGUGAUGUUGAGGCACAACUGAGUCCAGUUCUUAGAGAAAUGGAUAGCAAAUGGCUUUGCUUGAGAUCUUUUAUUGUUGACACUGAAAUAGCUGAUUUUUUCUUCGUGGAUACUACUCCUUUUGUUGACAAAUACUUCACAGAAAAAGAUCAUAAUUAUGAUUGGAGUGGCGUAACACCUCGACAGAGUUACCUUUUAAAUCUCCUAAAGGAUUUGGAUAAGUCUCUAAAAGAAUCCACAGCAAAAUGGAAGAUCGUGGUCGGUCACCAUACAAUCAAAAGUGCUGGACACCAUGGAAACACCCAAGAGCUCAACUCACAACUACUCCCAAUCCUUCUGGAAAAUGAUGUUGAUCUUUACAUAAAUGGGCACGAUCAUUGCUUGGAGCACAUAAGCAGCAGUGAAAGUCCGCUUCAAUUUUUAACAAGCGGUGGUGGCUCGAAAGCUUGGAGAGGAGAUGUUGAUUGGUGGGAUCCAAAGGAAAUGAAGUUUUAUUUUGAUGGCCAAGGUUUCAUGUCUGUGGAGAUUACUCAAACUCAGGUCGAUAUUGUGUUCUAUGACGUUUCUGGCUUCGUUUUGCAUAAAUGGAGCAGGAAUAAACAACUUCACUCUACUUUCUAGACAAGUUAUUUUGCUCCAAGCGAGAAGAAGAAGAAGAAGAAACUGUUGGGAUCUUCUAGAUGUAGAUUAAGGGAUAUAGUUAUCUUGUAGUCUUGGUACUUUAUGAAAAAAAAGAAAAAAAAAAAAAAAAAGAGAAAGAAAAAGAUGUAGGGUUUAAGGUACCUGUUUAACUGAGCAAGUAACCUAAUGUGACUUAAGCUUAAAUACGUGGUUUCGAUGUCGGGUCAGAGUAGUAUUCAGAUAAACCUGAUUAUAUAUUUUAAAAUUUAAAAUUUUAAUUUAUUUAUAAA